UGCAAAAGGAUGUGCUGAUGAAAAUAGUCUAAGUCAAAUGAUAGGUGCCAAUGAUUUCAAUCAAAUAUCGGAGUUUGUAGAUAUUGUCAAAUGUACAGGAGAUCUAUGUAACAAGGAUACAGGAUUUACAUACACUGACCAGGCCAGCUUGGGUGAAUCAAAUGGACUGUACUGUGAGUCUUGCUUCAGAGGCAACUCGUCUGAGGAAUGUUCCUCCAGAGAUCGAGUGGCAUGUCGUGGAAAUCAGUUACAAUGUGUGUCAUAUGUAGGAACAGCAGAAAGAGGAGAUCUCACUAUUGGACAUUACAGUUUCAAAGGAUGUAUAUCUGAUGUAGGAUGCAUUGUGAAGUUUUCAGCCUUGCCAGGAACUUAUCAGCUGGUGGAAAAGGUCUUUAGUUGUACUGAUGCUGUCCCAGAACCUGUUGACUGUUGUGGAUGUGAAUAAAAUUACAUUUCAAUGCAUUUUAUGCUUGCCAAGUAGUUACUAAAAAACAUAGUUUGAAAUCACUAUAGCAUUCUCAAAGACAAAACAUGUGCAAGAACUGAACAGAAAUCAUAUGGCAAAAAAAUAAAUGCAACUUUUAACACUGUAAAAACUAAAUUUAAGGAA